AUGUCCGACGGACUCAACCAAGCUCGCGCAGUGCGAGUGGCCGAGCUCAUCAAUGACUACCGUACUCUCCUGAUGCAUAUCUCCCAGCAAAGCGCCGACGCACACCCAGAUGAUCAAUAUGAAGAAGGCUAUACCGUGCUCCGCGAAUGCCAUUCCGCUGCUCAGCGCUUAAUGUCCGCCAACUACCACCCAUGCCCGGUAACAGGCCAGGGCAGUGCCCACACAGAGAUGGUAGAACUACAAAGAGUCAUCAUCGAUAGCGCCGCUCGCCGAUUCCAAGCACACAAGAUCUACCUUCGAGCCGCCGCCGCUCGACGAUGGGCCAUUACCCGCGCAAACACUCUCCGCGGUGGACGCCCAAGCUCAGCAACUUCCGCCGCCCUAAAGGCCCUCAACGCCUCCCUGGUGCAGGAUCUGGCGCGCGUCACUGACCAGCAUGUUGUCGCUGACCUUCGAGCCGCGGACACACGGGCAGGCCACUGGCUCGAUGAUGAUCCAUCUUUGGAUGUUAUUCGCCGCUGGAUUGGGCGGUGA